AAUCUUUUUUGCGACGGAUUUACUUCGUACUUUUGGGACUUCACAUGCGCAUGGAAAUGCCAAAUACACUCACAAAACAUGUCCCUCAACUCUUAUAGCCCAACCAUGACGCCAACGACAAAAGCCAUCUCGCCGUUUCUGGACCCAGGUCCGCGCACAAGGGCCAAUUCCCUCGCAAUACUCCAGCUUUCACGCGACAACCUCCUGCCCGUCUACCUCCAGUCGCCAACGGGGAACCACGACGGUUACGCUGAAGGCGCCGUUGUCAACACGCGCUAUGGCUCGUUCCCCCACUCGACCAUGUUGAACGUGCCUUGGGGCUCUCAGAUCCGAGCUUCCAAAGUCGACACCGGAUCGCGGGGUCGCAAGAGGAAGCGCGAAGGCGCCGAUGAUGCCUGCCGGGACGCCACGGCCGCUAGCGAGAAGGACAACGAAGAGUCGCCCGCCGUCGCAAAUGAAGACAGCACGGCCGUUAAGAAAGCAGUUGCCGAUACGAGCGGCUUCAUCCACGUUCUCCCCCCCACCCCCGAGCUCUGGACGACGAGUCUGCCGCACCGAACCCAAGUCGUCUACACCCCCGAUUACAGCUAUAUUCUGCACAGGAUACGAGCGCGGCCAGGCUCAGUCUUGAUCGAGGCAGGCGCCGGGAGUGGGAGUUUCACUCAUGCGUCGGUGCGGGCCGUUUACAACGGGUAUCCGGCCGAGGGGCAGCGGAAGGGCAAGGUGUUCAGCUUCGAAUUUCAUGAGCAGCGCUACCACAAGAUGAAGGAGGAGCUCUCGGGCCACGGCAUGGACGGGCUCGUCCACCUAACUCACCGCGACGUGUACAAUGGGGGUUUCCUCAUCGAUGGCAACAGCCCGGGGGCCGACGCCGUGUUCCUUGACCUACCCGCUCCGUGGGAAGCCCUCCCCCACCUAUCCCGGCGGAAACCCCAGCCCCCGUUCGAUGUCAAAACCGCCGCCUCUGGAGACGCCGAAGCCGAAUGGGUAUCACCGCUGAACCCCAAGAAGAGCGUCCACAUCUGCACCUUCUCGCCCUGCAUCGAGCAAGUCACCCGCACAGUGUCAGCCAUGCGCCGCCUGGGCUGGGUCGACAUCGACAUGGUCGAGAUCGCCAACAGGAAGCUGCACACCUCGCGCGAGCGCGUCGGCUUAAACCUCAACUUCGACCGCGGCGUCAACAACUCGGCACGCGACGUCGACGAGGCCAUCGCGAGGCUGACCGAGAUCGAGUGCCGAUUCCGGGAGCACGCGGCGAAACCACGAGACGGGGACGAGGACAUGGACUCGGCCGACGAAGAUGAGCCCGCACCACCAACAGGCCGUGGCGCGACGAACAACGACGAAGCCCCCCCGGUCGCCGAAGAGGCGUCGGAAACAGCACCCUGGCUGGAGGGCCGCCUCAUCACGCGCGGCGAGCCCGAGAUCAAGACCCAUACCUCAUACCUCGUCUUUGCUGUCCUGCCUAUGGAGUGGACCGAGGCCGACGAGGCUGCCGCUGCGGCGAAAUAUCCUCUCGGCAAGGAGCAGAAGGUUAUUGGUGCCAUCGACAAGGUUGCUAGGAAGCAGGAGCGGCGGGAGCAGCUGCAGAAACAGCAGGGGAAUGGGAGUCGGAAGGCGAGGAGGAAGGAGAGGGAUGAGAAGAUGGGCCAGGCGGCUGCGUGAGGGGGAGUUGGUGGUUCCGAGGUGGUGGUUGUGUCCCGCAUCAGGAGGCGUUUGGGGGGGGGGGGUUGCAUAAGAGCAUUAGAUCCAUGGGAGCGAGUAUACCCCAGAGGUUAUUUGUACGAGACAUGGACAUGAAGG